AUGUAUAAUAGUAAUCAAUUAGCAAAUUAUAUUCAGACUUUUACUCAAGCUAUACGAACAAAAGAUUGUGAAAAAUUUAAAUUAUGUAUUACUUUAAACCCUGGGAAAGAAGAAGCUGAAAUACGGUCAAAAUUUAAUGAACCAAAUGAAAUAGAUUUAUAUGAUAUUAAAGAUGAUAAAGAAAGAUUUAAACCAAUAAUUUCAAAUCAUUUAAAAGUGAUUAAAUCAGUUUAUAUUACGAAAUCAUUAGAUGCAACAUUUCAAAAUUUAAAUGAAUUAAUAUUAAAUUUAAUUAGAGCUAGUGAAUUAGAAUCAAAUUGGAUAAUGCCUGCUUUAAUAUCAAGUUUUAAUGAAUUAAUUCAAGUUUAUAAAGUUCAAGAAGUUAGAGAACCUGAAGAUUUAGAUUCAAUUAUGGAACUGGAUAUGGAUUUUGUUGGAGGUAAUCAAACAAUUAAAAAAUCAAAUUUAGAAACUUUAAUUAAUACAUUACGUAAAGGUUUUAAUUUAAGUUUUAAUGAUAAAAAUAUUGAUUUUUCAAAAAGUAAAAGAAAUGAUAUAUAUUUCUUUUUAGGAUAUUUGAUGAAAUAUUGUUUUAAAAUGAGAAAAAAUGAAUUUGCAAAACUGAUGUUAAAAGUUGUAAAAGGAGCACAACAACCAUUGCCAAAUAUAAAACAAAGUAAACUGAUUGAAGUUAAAAAAUAUGGUAUAAUUUAUUUAUAUUAUCAAUCAUUAAUAUUAUUAGAUGAUCAAAAAUAUUUAGAAAGUGAAAAUUUACUUAAAGAAGCAUUAGAUGUUAUAUAUUUAAAUUAUAAAGUUAAAAAAUGUAAACAAAUUCAACAAAUUUAUUUAAUUUAUUUACCAUUAAGAUUAUAUAAUCAUGGGAAAUUACCAAGUAAACAAGUUUAUAAAAAUUAUCCAAUUUUAAGAAUAUUAUAUCAUGAUAAUAUUUUUAAAGCAAUUAAACAAGGUAAUUUAAAUAAUUUUGACAAUGUUGUUUAUAAAUUUAGAAAUAUUUUAUUAAAACAUCAUUUAUAUAUAUUAACUGAAUCGUUAAAACAAUAUAUUUAUUUAAAAUUAAUUAAAAAAGUAUUUCAAUUUACAAAUGAAUUAGAACCACCGCCGGAUAAUAAAAAAUCAUUUUCUGGAUUUCAAUUGGCAAUUGAAUUAUCAAGUUUAAAUGAAGAACAAAUUAAAAAAAUUGAUUUUUCAAAUCAUAAUUAUAAUAUUGAUACAAAUGAAGUUGAGUGUAUCUUAGCAAAUUUAAUUACAAAAGAUAGAAUUAGAGCAUAUAUGAGUCACAGUCAAAAAAGUAUAGUCUUUUCUAAAAAAAUACCAUUCCCAGCGUUUGGUUAA